CUUCCUCUGCAAAGGCCUUACCACAGUGAAAAAUGUCAGCUAAAAAUCUUUUUUUUAAGGUUUGGAAGAAUAACAUCUCUAUUAUAGCUGUUUUAUUCUAUUGUUCAGUUUUCAUACUGAUAGAAGAAAGUAUGGAAGUGGAAUUUAAAUGCCCCGCAAACAACAGAUGGAAGGUUCCCUACACCUUCUCAUUUUUCUUUCUUCCUUGUCUUAUUUGGUUUGCAGUGGCCUUAAUUUUUCAGGCAGCCUCAUUUCGCAUUUGUUGUUGUACAGACAAAUUCAGCUGGCAUCGUUUCUUUGUGGGUCUGGGAAAGGCUUUACUUCCUUCUGUCUUCUGGGUUCUAAUACUGUUUCUGGAUGGAAGAUAUCUUCAAUGUUUGUGUGGAACAUGGAGCUACAGCUGGCAGUGGUGCACUAAUAUGUACAUGAUAUCACAGUGGAUAGGACUAACUGCCCUUUGUGUCAUUGCCAUAACUGCUGCAGUGUACACACUUUUCCCUUAUUGGUAUUGCAAAGCCCACAGACAAGGGAGAACAUAUGAAGAGAUAGAAGAUGGAUGUAUAUUAGAGGAAGAAACUGAAAAAUAUCUUUUGGAAAAGUUGAGGGAAACCAACCGGCAAGCAGCAAAGGACUUCUUGGAAAGAGAUUAUGGGCAUCAGCUACAAAUCUACUUGAAAGAACCAAGCAAAGAAACUCUGGAAAGAGCAAUACAAAAAGUUCUUUGUGUGAACAGAAAGGUGUCAUCUCCACAGGAACACAUGGAAAUGCAAAAUACAGUGACCAUAUGAUGUACAGCAUGGAUCCUGAAGUUUUAUAGGUCUUGGGCAAUAUAAAUAAGUCUUAAUGAAAGAAAUAAACAAACUGUUUAAAGUACAGGUUUGUUUAUUUUUUAAGUAUAUUAGAUUUUUAACUGUAAAAGAAUGUUAUCAUUGAGGCUGGAUUAAUAAAAGUCAGCAGAAUUCUUAAUAUUACACAAAAUAAUAUACUAAUCCUUCAAAUAGCUAUGCAAGUGAAGCUUAAUUGACACGCAGAAUUGGAACUGACAGGAAUACAAAUGUAACUGCUCACAUAUUAAUAUAAUGUGUUACAUGAAUGUGUUUAAAAGUAAUCUAAAUGUAGACAAAUGAAAAUGAGGAAAUGGGAAUGAAAAGUCUUUGAACUUGUUGGUACUUUAUUUGUUGAACUUGGUUCUCUGAAAGCCCAUUGGUGUAAAACUGUUUUAAAUGGGAGAAAAUGCAUAUGUUAUUCUGCAUCAGCAUGACUAAUAUUAAAGUAGUGAAGAGGCAAAAAAAAAAAAAAAAAUCCCUUGGGAUGUAUUUGUAUGUGGAGUAAAAGCUAAAGCUUUUAUAUUAAUAUAAAGCUAAGUGUAUCUGCCGGAAUAGAAGAU